AUGGAUUUGACAUCAAAGAAGGAGAUAGUGUCAGAAAUUCCAAAAUUCAUUCGUGUCUACAACGAUGGAACCAUAGAACGUCUCAAUGACAUGCCAAGGGUCCCACCUUCACCACAAGACCCUGAAACAAAUGUCUCAUCUAAAGACAUUCUCUUUUCCAAUGACCCUCCACUUUUUGCUAGACUUUACCUACCAAAACUAUCCAACAAAAAGCAAAAAAUACCAAUCUUAGUUUAUUUUCAUGGUGGUGCAUUUUGUUGUGAAUCACCUUUUGCAUCACACCAUCACAAAUAUUGUAACAUUAUUGCUUCACAAGGAAAUGUUGUAAUUUUUUCUAUUGAAUAUAGAAGAGCACCAGAACAUUUUCUUCCAACACAAUACAAUGAUUGUUGGCUUGGUCUCAAUUGGGUUGCAUCACAUAAUACUACAAUUGAAAAUGUUCCAAAAAAUAGUGACCCUUGGAUUAUUAAUCAUGGUGAUUUUAACAAAGUUUUCAUUGGUGGUGAUAGUAGUGGUGCAAACAUUGUUCACAACAUUGCUAUGCGUGCAGGUGUUGAAAAAUUACCUUAUGGUGUUAAAAUAUUUGGUGCUUAUGCGAACCAUCCAUUUUUUUGGGGUUCAAAACCAAUUGGAUUUGAAAACGUUGAGAAAUUUGAGAAAACAAGUGAAACUUGUAAUUUGGUAUGGGAAUUUGUGUACCCUUGUGCUCCUUUUGGGAUAGAUAAUCCCAAUGUGAAUCCAUUGGGACCAAUGGCACCUAAUUUGAGUACACUUGGUUGUUCUAAAAUGCUUGUUACUAUUGCUAGCAAUGAUCGUUUUAGGGAUAGAACAUUUUUAUAUUAUCAAGCUGUGAAAGAGAGUGAAUGGAAAGGGGAAGUGGAAUUGUUUGAAGAACAAGAUGAAGACCAUGUUUAUUAUAUGUUCCACCCUCAUUCUGAUAAGGGCAAGAAACUCAUCAAACUUGUGGCUGAUUUUCUUCACAAGUGA